AUGACUGACCCCUACCAGCGUGAGAGGUCUCGAUCCCCUCGUCGCCGCCCUUCUCGCAGUCCUCCCCGUCGUGCCCGCCGUUCCUACAGCCCGCGUAGCCGCUCCCGCAGCCGUGACCGUGGUGACCGUGUCGACCGCGUGGACCGCAUUGAACCCCGUGAACGUGACGAGUACCGUCGCAGCGAACGCCGAUCUCGAUCUCCUGUGAGUGCUUCAGGCGCUGCUGGACCUUCCGCUUCUCCAUACGGCGGACGCAGUGGAUACCCUCCUGCUCGAUCUGAGGAUCGCACUGUUGCGAAAGAAAACAUGAUGCAGACCGUCCGCGACUCAUCUCAACAAGACCGCCGCGUCUACGUCGGCAACCUUUCCUAUGAUGUCAAGUGGCAUCACCUUAAAGAUUUUAUGAGACAGGCUGGAGAAGUUCUCUUUGCCGAUGUUUUGCUUCUUCCUAACGGAAUGUCGAAGGGAUGCGGGAUUGUGGAAUACGCCACUAGAGAUCAAGCACAAAACGCCGUCAACACGCUUAGCAACCAGAACCUGAUGGGCCGCUUGGUUUACGUUCGUGAGGACCGUGAAGCUGAACCCCGUUUCGUCGGUGGACCUCCCCGUGGAGACUUCGGCCCCGGUGCCCGAGGCGGUUUCGGUGGUGGCUUCGGCGGUCACCCCGGCGCUGCCGGUCGUCAGAUUUAUGUCUCAAACCUUCCUUUCAAUGUUGGCUGGCAAGACCUGAAGGAUUUGUUCCGCCAAGCUGCCCAGAACGGUGCCGUCAUUCGUGCUGAUGUGCACACCGAUGCCACUGGACGCCCCAAGGGCUCUGGUAUUGUUGCUUUCGAAUCCCCCGACGAUGCCCGUAUCGCCAUUGCGCAGUUCAACGGUUACGACUGGCAGGGUCGUCCCCUUGAAGUCCGUGAGGACCGAUUUGCCGGCGGUGCUGGCUUUGGCGGCGGUGGCCGUGGUGGCUUUGGCGGUGGACCCAUGGGAGGUCGCGGUGGUUUCGGCGGCCCUAUGGGAGGCCGCGGUGGAUUUGCUGGACGUGGUGGUUUCGGUGGUGGCUUCGGCGGCCGUGGUGGUUUCGGUGGUCCUCCCGGUGGUGGUUACCCCGGUGGUGGCUUCGAGCAGGGUCCCCCUGUUCCGACUGGUCCCCCCAACCCAUUCACUGACUACGCUACUUCCAACGGCGACAAGAGUGCUGUCAUCUAUGUCCGCAACCUUCCCUGGUCCACUUGCAAUGACGACCUGGUUGACUUGUUCUCUACCAUCGGCAAGGUCGACCGCGCCGAAAUCCAAUACGAGCCCAAUGGCCGUUCCCGCGGCACUGGUGUCGUCCAAUUCGACACUCCUGAUACCGCUGACACCGCCAUCUCCAAGUUCUCUGGAUACCAGUACGGUGGCCGUCCCCUCGGAAUCACCUUUGUCAAGUACAUGAACGCUGGCGCCCCUCACCCGGACGACAUGAUGGAAGGCCAAGAGCCUACCGGUCUGACCCAGGACCAGAUUAUGUAA